ACCCCAGACAGCUGCAUGGCUUCCUUGGGCCCCAGCCCCUGGGCCCCUUUGGUGACCCCAGCCCCUACUGUUCAGCUGCUGCUGUUACUGCUGCUCCUAGUGUCUGCUCAUCCCCAGGGCCUGUCCGGGAUGCAGGGGGAGCCCUCCUUGGGAGAAAGUUCAUCUGGGGAGGAUGAUCCGGGCGUGGAGGAGCUGCCCAGUGAAGAGGAUGCACCUGGAGAGGCGGAUCCACCCGGCGGGGAGGAUCCACCUGAAGUUACUUCUAAAGCCAGAAAGGGGGAUUCCCUCAAGUUAGAGGAUCUACCGACUCUUGAGGCUCCUGAGGACAGUCAAGGUUCCCACGGGGAUGAAAAAGGGGGUGGCCACAGUCUUUGGAGCUAUGGAGGCACCCUACUCUGGCCCCAGGUGUCCCCAGCUUGUGCUGGCCGCUUUCAGUCCCCCGUAGACAUCCGCCUGGAGCUCACCACAUUCUGCCGCACUCUGCAACCCCUGGAAUUACUGGGUUAUGAGCUCCAGCCUCUCCCGGAACUGAGCCUGUGCAACAAUGGCCACACGGUGCAGCUGACUCUGCCGCCGGGGCUGAAGAUGGCUCUGGGACCUGGGCAGGAAUAUCGGGCCCUGCAGUUGCAUUUACAUUGGGGAACUUCAGAUCACCCAGGCUCAGAACACACAGUUAAUGGCCACCGUUUCCCUGCUGAGAUCCAUGUGGUUCACCUCAGUACUGCUUUCUCAGAACUUCAUGAAGCCUUGGGUCGCCCAGGAGGCCUGGCGGUUUUGGCUGCCUUUCUGCAGGAAAGUCCAGAAGAAAACAGUGCCUAUGAACAGUUGCUGUCCCAUUUGGAAGAAAUCGCAGAGGAAGGCUCCAAGACUGAGAUCCCAGGUUUGGAUGUAUCUGCACUGUUGCCCUCAGACCUCAGCCGCUACUACCGAUAUGAAGGAUCUCUGACCACACCUCCCUGUAGCCAGGGGGUCGUUUGGACUGUGUUCAAUGAGACGGUGAAGCUGAGCGCUAAGCAGCUCCACACUCUCUCCGUUUCCCUGUGGGGACCUCGGGACUCUCGGCUACAACUGAAUUUCCGAGCCACGCAACCCUUGAAUGGGCGAAUGAUUGAGGCUUCCUUCCCUGCUGCAGUGGACAGCAACCCCGAGCCAGUCCAUGUGAAUUCCUGCCUCGCUGCUGGUGACAUCCUAGCCUUGGUGUUUGGCCUUCUCUUUGCUGCCACCAGCAUUGCCUUCCUCCUACAGCUGAGGAGGCAGCACAGGCACAGAAGUGGGACCAAAGAUAGAAUUAGCUACAGCCCGGCAGAAAUGACGGAAACUGGAGCCUAAUAAGGAAAAACCAGCUAAAGGAAUCUGGAAACCUUGUCCUGUGCUGCCCUGUUACAGCUUCUUUUUAACCACCACGAAAUCACUUCCAUCUUUUUAACUUU